AUGCCUCCCCUCAACGACACCCAGCAGCACGAGCGUAUGCUCACAGCUCUCACACGCCUAAUCCGCGAUCUCCGAUCCAACCCAGAGAGCCGAUUGCUAGUAAUUACAAGGCUGACCGCGAUUUCUCGUCUAGGACGGAUAUGUGCACAGUUUGGCAAGGAUGCUCGUUUCACGCAGCUUUGUGACACCCUUCAGAGAGGUUUGCCCGGGCAAAUCGCUCUGCUUAAGAGUGACAUAGCCAGUAACGUUAUAGUUGCUGAUGCUCUUGAUCGAAUGAUCCUUGAAUCUUCCUCGUUUCCUCGUUCUGCUGCUGUUGUCAGGAGGGAUGAUGAGAAUAUUGAUGAAGAGGCUGACCAGGAUGUUAAUGUAGACGCCAGCGACGAUGAGAGUGAGAUGGACGCCAGCGACGAUAACUAUAUAGCACGGUUGCUUCUUGGUUCGAAAUGGGCUGAACCCAUAGUCGAUUUUGACGAGGAGCCAUACGGGGAGAUUGAGGUGGCCGCUACAGACGCCAGUGAAGAGAAAGGUGAGAUUGACUCUAGCGAUGAUAACUACAUCGCACGCCUGCUUCUUGGCCCGGGCUGGGCUACCCCGUUAGCUGAUUUUCCCGAGGAAUCAUAUGGGGGGAAGAAAGCGUUGGGUAAGUGA